AUGGAAAAUAUCGUUACUGAAAUCGACAAUGACGACUUAACUAUCUCGCUAGAAACCAACACGUCGACAGAACUAGGUCGUGCCAUGCAGGGUAUUACUUUGUUAAAUGUAAAUAACCGUAUCUAUCGAAUUCCGACAUGUACUCUGCCCAAAGAUUUUAAAAUAAAAAAUCAAAAUGAGAUAAUAUCGAAAGCUGUGGAUAAUAAAGAAAUUGUAAAUAACGGAAAUAUUAAUGACGAUGAUAUUAAUACCGGCAAAAAUAUUAAUGAGACUAACGGAAUUAAUAACAACCUCAAUAAAAUUAAUAAUAAAAAUACCAGCAAAUCCAUAAAAAAAGACUUGCAAAACGAAUAUACAACCAUGAAAAUUAAUGUUGCCCAAAUUUUUCACAAGUUUAUCAUUGGAAAAGGUGGAAAGACGCUAAAUAACAUUCAAAGAGAAACUUCAACUCGUAUUCGUUGUUCUCGUGUGGAAGAUGUAAUUGAAAUAAGAGGUACCGAAAAAGGUAUUGGAUUAGCGAAGAACCGGAUCAAUGAAAUAGUGAACUCGUCAUUCAAUAAAAUAGGAGCAACACAUUUCCUUUCACUUCCAAUCACUGAUUCUCACGUUCAAAGAAAAGUCUCAAAUUUUCAUUCCGACGUUUUAUCACUAUCAAUACCGGGAAUCGAGCCAUCGAUUUUAAAUAAUCCUUCAUCGCUUCACAUCACUCUAGGAAUGUUAACUUUACCUCGACAAGAAGAUGUCGAAGGUGCUACGCGAUUAUUAAAAGAGUUGUCGUCGGAAAUAUAUGAUUUGGUCGGCACUAGGACUUUGUUAGCUCAAUUAACAGGGUUGAAUCUUUUUGAUGAUAAUCCAGCAAAUGCGAAUGUAUUAUAUUCAAGAGUAAUAGAGCCAGAAGGCCAAAAGGUUUUAGAUAAAUUAGUUGAAUUUUUACAUGAAAAAUUUUCGAAAGCAUGUUAUCUUAAAAAAGAAGACAGACCUGUUAAAUUCCACGUAACAUUAGUAAAUUCGAAAUACCGUGGACGUGAUUUUCACGCUCGUGAAGAUGAAGACACUAUUUCAUCUGAUAUGCAAUCAGACACAACCACCGCCACACCUAAUCAAGAUGAUCGUAAUAAAUACUCAACCUCCCAGAAAAUUUCAUUUUCUGCUGAACUUAUUCUUAAAAAAUUCGCCGAAAUCAAUUUUGGAACUUGUCGAAUUGAAAGUCUGCGUAUUUGUAAAGUGG